UGUAUUAACUAGGAAUGCUGAGUCUAAUCCUGUGCAUCUGGAUUUAAUUUUAAUAGGAGUUUUGUAAGACUUGGAACUGUGUGAUGGAUUUCCAGAAGAAGAAAACAUGACUGGUGGCACUGAUUCUUUACCAGUUACUUCCCAUUAUCUUGAAACAGGAUAGCUGUUGGUCUCUCGUUGCAGCUGGUUCAGAACUGGCUGAGGUCCUUACCUGUGCAACACCACCAGUGACAGAGAAUAAAGUCAGAUGGACUAAAAGGAUCCAGUAACACCUUUCUUCCUACUUCUAGAAGUUGCUACGGUUUCUCUUGAUUUGAACACACUGCUGGAAACGACUUCUGUGAGCAAGCAUGGGCUGCCGGGAUGUUCAUGCAGCGACCGUCCUGGCCUUCCUCAGCGGAACAGCCUCAGUAGCUGGACUCCUUGCAGCAGUUCUUCUUCCAAACUGGAGGCAAAUGAGACUGUGCACAUUCAACAAGAAUGAGAGGAACGUGACAGUUUACACUGGACUUUGGAUUAAGUGCGCUCGCUUUGAUGGGAGCAGAGACUGUGUGAUAUAUGACCCACAGUGGUACACUGCUGUCGAUCAACUGGAUUUGCGUGUUCUUCAGUUUGCCCUUCCACUGAGUAUGUUAACUGCUGUCUCGGCUCUGUUUCUCUGCUUGGUUGGCAUGUGUAACACAGCCUUUGUAUCGACUGUGCCAAACGUCAAACUGGCUAAAUGCCUUGUGAACAGUGCAGGCUGCCACCUCGUGGCUGGCCUCUUGUUCCUGCUUGCAUGUGCCAUUUGUCUCACUCCAUCAAUCUGGGUCAUUUUUUAUAACAACUAUCUGAACAGAAAAUACGAGCCUAUCUUUAGCUUUGACAUCUCCGUUUUUAUUGCCAUUGCCAGUGCUGGUGGUCUGUUUUUCACUUCCAUUAUGCUGUUUCUGUGGUACUGUGCAUGUAAAAGUCUACCUUCUCCUUUUUGGCAGCCCCUCUAUUCCCAUGCCCCUAGCAUGCACAGCUAUGCCUCCCAGCCGUAUUCUGCACGCUCUCGUCUCUCUGCCAUGGAAAUCGACAUUCCUGUUGUGACACAUGCAACUUAAGAAGACAAACUCUUGGAAGCCAAGUUCUUAAGCUCAUUCAGACCGUGAAAAUUGCAGGCUUGAUUCUCUCUGCUGCCUUGUGCUGAGCAUAAUCAUUUGUAAGGUCAGGUUUCCAAAGGUGCAAAGCAGUGGAGCUGCGAGUUUAGCAAGCCUCUUGCUGUUCUCAUGUGUUACUUCCUGACCAACUUUUUUUGUUUUCUGUUGUUUUUUUUCUAACUCUGAGCUCACUACAGACAAAGUUGCUGCUGCUCCUUGAACAUUACACUAACAAUAGCACCCGUUCAUCCUUCUGAUUAUUGAGGUCAGAGCAGGUUUGAACAUCUUUGCUAUUUGAUAAGCUACUGGUCCCAUUAUAAGAGCUACAUAGGUGGACCCUUGCACCCCUGCAUUAUCCAAAUGCAGGCAGUGGAACUGAGUGCAAGGAGUUCAGAUUUUCAUGUUCAUCUGGACACACAUAUUUUAAGAUGUAAUGUAUGAAAAGGGUAUUUGGCAGACUAAUCCAAUUCUGUAGCAGUCUGUUUUCCACUGUACACACAAAAAGCUACCUGCUUACAAACUUCUGUAAUGGAAUUGGUGUCAAAUUACCCUUUAUUUUCAAAGUAGCUAUCAGAAGACAAAAAUCUGAUUUAAGUAAUAAUGUUGUUCUGUACUGUAAUAGCAUUUUGUGAAUUGCUGGAGGCUAGAAACUUUUUUUGUGAUUUUUAUUUCUAGUCUUUUUUACUGAGUUAGCAAGUUCACUGAAUCUAUUUUGUGAUUAAAACAAAAGCCACCUGUAUUUUAAAAAUUCUGUUUAGAAGCUUGAAUAUUUUAUAUGAAGGCCAUCUUAAACAUAGAUUUUCAAGUAGGCUUUAAAGUAUU